AUGGCGACGCGCACUAAGAGCUUCUUCGACCAAGAUCAGAGAAAGCCACGACCUGGUCAAUGGAGCCGACGACCGUAUACUACGAGUAAUACGUAUGAGCCACCGAUCGCCCCUCCGCCGAAGCCACCGAUUCCGGCUACGUCACAGGCGAAGACGAAGUUGAAGGCCUUUCAAUUCGUGCCCGGCGAGAGCGAGGAGAAAAGACCGAGUCCAGAGGUGGACGGUAUGGCGCAAGGGAGUGGCAAUGCUGCCAGAACGAGCGACUCGGCUGCGUCGAGCAACAGCAUACAUAAGACGCCGCAAGUCCCGCAUGCGAACACGUUCCCAUGCACACCUGGAGCACGACUGCCGAUCGAGGAUCUGAUUGGCGACUGCGAUGAGACGAACAAGCCCGCACCAGUGCAGACAUCACCCGAGGAGCAGAUAGGCUGGAUACCCAACAGCUCGUCGGAACUGCUUACACCCAACAGGCGGAAGCGGAAACGAGCGAAGAGCUCUUCACCCGCUGGUCCGCAUUCCUCUUCACAACCAGACAGAACUUCUGCUUUCUUUGCUGGCAAUGGUGCCCCAUCAACAGCGAAGAAGACACCCGCAGCAGACCCGGCGGCCGAUCUUUGGCAGCGAUAUGCCAGUGGGAAAGCGAAUGGAGAGAGCAUGCAGUUGCCAGAGAUCAGUAACCUGAUCUUUCAACGCUCGCCCCGACCAAUGGAGACGCCGGUGAAGAGUGGACCACUGCGUAGGUGGGCAAGCACGGGCAAUGACUGGCCCAGUACGAAGAACAAGAGACCAUGUACCACAGGCAGACAGAGCAUUAAUGUGUGGCAAGACCAGACUGCAGCCGAACCCAGUGGCAAGAGCAAGGUCGCGACAAUGGUGCGGAAGAUCCAAGAGUCGCUAGCUACACAGCGAUUGGAGCAAGAACAGAUCAAGGCGGUUGCGAAGACAGCAGAUGCACCGUCGAGCUCGAGUCCGCUUCCCGAGAUGGGUGCUGAGAGCUUAACAACUCCCACAACCACGAGUCCGCUCCAGACACGACAGCCGAACGUGAGGAGCCCCGCCAAGGCCACGAGCGUGCUUCCGAGCAUUCUGGAGAGACCGCCCUCACAGAAGCCACCUUCACAACGCCCAACCUCGCAACGACAAAACAUCAGACCUGCACAGUCUGGCGGCGUAGGCUCCGACUACGCAAGGUCUGUCGGCGAACCGCUCAACCCGAGUGCGCCUAGUGCGUUGCACUUGGGAAGUCGAGCGCCACUACCAGCGUACAAAAGACCAUCAAUUACACGGCCACCGAGUCUGCCGAAGGUACCGCAAUUCGUUGCGCCUCCUCCUGCACCGGUGGAUGAGUUUGGUGAUGAUGCCUUUGACUUGACUGCGGACGAUCUGGACGAGCUGCUGUCUCAGCAACCGCUUGAACAGCGAUCACUUUAUGACAUUCCACCCCACCCACAGCCGCCGCCGCCUGCACGACCUGCUUUGACAGGUCAGCGCCCGAUAAUGCCUCAAGCAAAACAAGAAACGAUCAUGCUAGACGAUGAUGACGAUGAUGAAUUCGGAGGAGAUGACAUCGACGAUGAUUCAUUUGCUCAGGCGGAGUUCACUGCCACUCAGGCAUUACGGAAAUCACCACGUAAGCGCUCGCCACGCAAAGGGCGAAGUCCGCGCAAGGUCAAGUCGACGCAAGAUCAUUCCGCCAACAGCCAGACCGUUGGAUCUACUCCGAGACUCCAUCGCUAUGUCGUAAAGCAAGUCAUUAGUGGCGAGUACACGAAUGAGAAAGGCCGGGUGUGCGAAGAGAAAGUCCUCCGCGGCGAACAUGAAAGGACAAAGAAGUCAACAGCUAUUGCCCUUCGUGGAUCAUGGACCGCCAGCCCUAUCGCCAAGAACGACAUUGUUCACCUCACCUACCUCCGUCGGAGCCAAAUCGACUCGGAUGCCGCCGCAUCACCGCCCAGUCAGAUCACAUUAUCGGACGAAGAAGACAGCCCUUUCAUCAUCGCCCACCCAGAUCACAUGCUCUCCGCCACGACAGUAGCUGAUUCAUUCGAUUGCAUUCGGAAGGCGGUGCUGCAGGACCGCAUCAAGGCUACAGGUGAGACGAGCAAGGCCAUGGUAUACGGCAGCAUCCUCCACGAGAUCUUCCAGCAAGCCUUGAGUAACAAUCGCUGGGACACGCCCUUCCUCGCCCAGCUUGUGGAACGAACGGUGCAAGCCCACGUCGAAGGCCUGUGGGAGCUCGGCAUGCGGGACACAGCGAUGGCUAUUGAGGAAGUCACUGCCAAGAUGGGCGAGCUUGGUGCUUGGGCAAAAGUCUUUGUCGCAGCACAGCCUGGCAAUGAUGCUUUGGUUGACGAUCGGAAUGGCGAAAAAGUCCAGAUGGCGGUCAGCAAGCUCAUCGCGAUCGAGGAGCAUAUCUGGAGUCCACAAUUCGGGUUGAAGGGGAAUGUUGAUGCGACGGUGCAAACAACGCUGCAUGAUGGACUGAGCACGAAGAAGCUCAUCGUGCCGUUUGAGGUCAAGACUGGCCGCACGACCCAGAGUCCAGCUCAUCGAGCUCAGACGGCGCUGUACACUUUGCUGCUGUCAGAUCGCUACGAUGUGGCUGUUGAGGCUGGUAUUCUGUACUACCUUGAGAGCUCGAGCAUGUCCAGGAUUGCGCCACCUCUGAUGGAAGUACGACAAAUGGUGCAACAGCGGAAUCGGUUAGCAGCUCUUAUUUUCCAUGCUCGAUAUCCAGCAAAGAUGUUGGCACCAUCUAUCGAAGCUCCAAGCUCGAGUCCGGAUGAGUAUGGCGAUAUUGACAUGAGUGGGGAGAAGCCAGGCACGAGUCCGACCCAGGAGAUUGACGAGUCUGGUCUGCCACCGUUGCUGAAGAAUCCGUACAAGUGCGGACGAUGCUACGCUCAGCAGAGCUGUUUCACCUAUCAUGCACUCGUUGAGAGGGGAAAUGCGGACAGUGCGGGCAUGGUCGACGACAAGAAGAAGAAUCACAGUCUGAUCUGGCAUGAAGCUGUUAGGCAUCUGCUUGGAGCAUCCACAGACCGCGAUCGAGCAGAGUUGCUGAAGACAUGGUUCAGCAAGUGGGAUCGGCUGCUCACCUUCGAAGAAAGCGAACAGGCGAAAUACAAGAAAGAGAUCUGGACCAUGCCCUCUGCAGAGCGUGAAGCUCAUGGUCGAUGUUUUGGCAACCUCGUCAUGGCACGCGACCUUACGAAUGCUGCAACGCAUGUGACUCAGCAGGUCGUUGACGGAAUCGAGGGCAGCGGCGGCAAGAUCAAUCGCUUUGCCUAUGUGUUCAGCCGCUCCAGUGCGACGCAGGGAGCCAGCUUCACGGAAGGCAGCCAGCUGCAUCUUGGAGAGCCGAUCGUUGUCUCCUCCGAGCAAGGUCAAUGGGCUCUGGCGAACGGUUAUGUUGUUGCGAUCAGUCGACAUGAAAUCACCGUUGCCGUUGAUCGCAGAUUGGGAAACAGCAGGCAGAGGCUUGAGGGCUUUCAUGAUACUGACAACCAGGCCUUCCGGGGUACGAUGACUGUUGGCAAGGAAGAUGAGGCACUGUCAGCCGCUGGGGAGGAGCGGCAGCUGUACCGUCUGGAUAAGGAUGAGUUCUCGAAUGGACUGGCGCUGGUCCGCAACAACCUCGUCAACUUGAUGAGCAGUCGUCCCGUUCACACGAAGCUUCGCGAACAAGUUGUCUUCAACUCCGAACCGACUUUCAACACGACCUCGACACCAGCGGCAGCGCAACCGACACAGCUUGGCGACAUGAACGAAGAUCAGCAGAACGCAGUCACGAAAGUCCUCGCCGCCCAAGACUACGCUCUCAUCCUAGGCAUGCCCGGCACCGGCAAGACCACAACCAUCGCCCAACUCAUCCGCGCCCUACUAGCACAAGGAAAGAGCAUCCUUCUCACAAGCUUCACCCAUACAGCAGUCGACAACAUCCUUCUCAAGAUCCGCGACAUUGCUCCUGCUGGCAGUAUCCUCCGACUCGGCGUUCCCGCCAAGAUUAACACUCAAGUCCAAGAAUUCUGCCAACUCGCCGCAACGCCGCGAACGAGCAUCGAUGAGAUCGAUGCUGCGUAUAUGGAAUCGAAGAUCGUCGCGACGACGUGUAUGGGUACGAACCAUGCUUUGUUCCAGAGGAGGAGUUUUGAUGUUUGUAUUGUGGAUGAAGCGAGCCAGAUCACUCUGCCGACGAUUCUGGGGCCAUUGCUGCAUGCGAGGAAGUUUGUAUUGGUUGGAGAUCAUUUUCAGCUUCCACCGCUGGUGCAGAGUCGGAGUGCACUGGAAGGUGGUCUGGACAUCAGCCUAUUUCGUCAACUAAGCGAGCAGCAUGCUGAAGCUGUCGCCGCGCUGGGACGGCAGUACCGCAUGUGUGAAGAGAUCAUGAUGCUGUCUAAUGAGCUCAUAUACCAUGGCCAGCUCCGCUGUGGGAAUGAUGCAGUCGCGAAGCGAAGUCUGCAAUGCACCAGCGACCAAGAAGCUUUUGGAAAGUUCCAUCGGCCAUCCACAAUCCAAGCCUCAUCCUGCACAAGCGACGCAACCUGCUGGCUCCGGCAUGCUACGGACCCACAUCGUAAAGUUGUCUACGCCAAUACUGACGCCCUGGGAAAGACGGCCCUGGAGACACUGACGGGCGGGAAGAACAUCACGAAUCAACUCGAAGCCACGCUCGCGGCGCAGCUCGUCCUGACAUUCCUAGCGAUGGGGGUCCCCGCGGCAGAGAUCGGUGUGAUUACGCUGUAUCGCUCGCAACUCGCGCUCAUUCGACAAUUGUUCAAGAAAGCUGGCAUUUCGACUGAUGUGGAAAUCGACAGCGCGGAUCGAUUCCAGGGUCGCGACAAGGAAUGCAUCAUCCUCUCCAUGGUGCGCGCGAAUGAACAGGGAAUCGUGGGCGAUCUUCUGAAAGAUUGGAGGAGAGUCAAUGUUGCGCUAACGAGGGCGAGAAGUAAGAUGGUGGUGCUGGGACAUGGAAAGACGUUGAAACAUAACGACUUGCUGAGGAAGUUCCUUGCUCUUGUGGAGAGGGAGAGAUGGAUGCUCAGCCUGCCACGCGGUGCGGAUGAAAGCCAUGCUUUCAACUUCAGUACGCAGGUGACGCAGCACUUGGUGCUGGAGGGGGCGAGUCCAAGUGAUAAGAGACGAUUGCAGCCAAGCCCGACGAAGAAGAUGAAGCCAGGGAGCCAGCAGAGUCCGUCUAAGGAAAAGAGGAUCUUGCAGCCUAGUCAGAAUGCUGCUAAUAAAAGUCCUGCCAAGAAGGGUAGCGAAGGAGGCAAGGAUGUGAGGAGGAUUGAUGGGAGAGUCGCGACAGGAGGAGGGAAGAAGAUGAGGAUGAUGAGGGAGCAGGUUGCUGUUGAGAUCUUUGAGGAUUUGACGGGGGAGGAGUUUUGA